GCUUCCACAUCUUCCUUCCCCUUUCACCCAAAAACCAUGGCCUCCCCAACACUUCUAACCCCAUCCUCCAAAUUCACACCUCUCCUGCCUCCCUUCAAACCCAAACCCGCCUCUGCCGCCAUCCCAUCACAUCAACCACCACAGGAGCCAAUUCUACGCCGCCAAUUUCUGUGUCUCUCCACAACCACCGCCACCGCCACAGCUCUAUCUCUCACCUCCCUACUAGCAGUGACCCCGGCAUUUGCUGCUUCCGACGAGGAGUACGUGAAGGAGACGGAGGACGUGAUCAACAAAGUAAGAAGCACCAUAAACAUGGACAAAAACGAUCCCAACGUGGCAGCAGCGGUGGCUGACCUUAGACAGACGUCCAAUUCUUGGGUUGCAAAGUACAGGAGGGAGAAGGCUUUGCUGGGAAGGGCUUCUUUCAGGGAUAUAUACUCGGCAUUGAAUGCUGUUUCCGGGCAUUAUAUUAGCUUUGGACCGACUGCUCCUCUCCCAGCCAAGAGGAAGGCUAGGAUUCUUGAAGAAAUGGAUACUGCAGAGAAGGCAUUAUUGAGGGGGAGAUGAAGAGUGAUAAUGAUCAUAUAUAUUGUAUGUAGCUGCUUAUUAAGUGAAUCCAAUUUUUUCUUGAUUGUUUAACUUUGAGUUUUUGCUGAUUUGACGGUAAUUUUCAAGUUUAAGAUUACAGAGUGAGGUUCAAUUUGAAUAUAAAUCAAUGGGUAAA